AUGAUCAAGAUCCUUUUCCUUUUGCUCGGCGCAGUUUACCUGACGGAGGCAGUUCCUGUGGAUGCUGUCGCCGGUGGCCAGAAGCCGUUGCUUUCGAUGACAGAUAGUGCGGUGAUCGAUCAAAACUCGGCAGCUGCACUAGAAACCGAUCUCGAGGGUGCCGAAAGUGCUCAUCAUUACAAGUUCCACGGCCACAGGCAUCACGGCCGAUACGGUGGUUAUGGAGGUGGCUAUGGUUUCCACAAGUUCGGUGGCGGCGGUUUCGGUCACCAUGGCGGAGGAUUCGGCGGAGGACACGGAUUUGGCGGUGGUGGGUUCGGUGUAGGUGGUGGUUUCGUCAUCGCCGGAGGAUUCGUGGCCGGUGGCGGUGGAUUCAUCGGCAAGAAGAGAUGA